AUGCCUUCUGCUCGCAAAGCCGUUGUCAUGGGCAAGACCAGCACCUCUGCGCUGCCCGCUCAGCAGAUCACUCUCACCGACAGCUCUGGCAGGAUGGCUAGACCUGUCCUAUCUACUACGGUAGCCGGCGCUGAACGCGUCUUAUCUACAACUGAAGAGGUCGUAGCCGGCACUGGCAAGCUCUCCCAGAGGUCGCGAAGCCAUGUGUCUUUCGAGAGUACUGACGUUGCCGAACUCACGCUUUCGCGCAACAGAAGUCUCUCGACCGCUGCAGGGGCCAGCUCCAAUGCAGCUUCUUCUGGCGUUGCGUCACGCGAGUCAGUGAAGCCGUCCCGCGUCACCAAAGGUGAACGAGAUCUUCUGGAGGAAGUUGACGUUGCCGUCUACACACCGUGGGGCGAUGUCAACCUCCCUCUCGCAGAACGAGCUGGAGCCUUUAAGGCCAAGCAAGAUCAGCACGUAGCGGCAAGACGAGAGUACGAAGCUCUUGGAGAUGCCCGUGUAGUCUGCACUACAUGCAGCCAUCUUCACGUUGCGCCUUAG